AUGGAUCAGUCUAUGAAGCCCCUUCUCUCACCCACAGAACAACCACGUCGACAUCUUACGGCUUCUGCCAUCUCCUUCGUCCUCCCCAAUCAAUUUAGUCUCGGCACGCUCCUUUGCAUCGGUGCUCUCCUGCAGACCAUCCUCUGCGCCAUCCUCCCCCUCCGCUACGCCGCCAUCCCAUGUGCAACUGUCCUCCUCAUAUCCGUUCUCAGCACGAUCCAAAACUGCUUCCAACCGAAAACGAAUCCUUUCAUGGCCGAUGUCAUUCGCGGAAGAACCACCGCGCAGAUCCCAGGUAAAGAUGGAAAAUACGGCCCCGAGCCAGGGAAGGGCUCCGUGGUAGUGUUCCACCUUGGAAUACAAUACAAUCACCCCCUGGGGAUCUUUGCGCCGCACAUGCUCGAAAUCUCGAACAAGUUCAUGGCCAUGCAGCAGGGUAUACUCCGCCGUAAGGAUGAGCUCGGCCUGCUGGCGGUUCAGAAUUGGAGAGGCAGCGAGCGCAACUCCAAUAACACCACGCUGAUAAAGUAUUUCUUCAAAGACGUGGAAAGUAUUCACAAAUUUGCCCACGAACCGCUACAUAAGGAGACUUGGGCGUACUAUAACCAGCAUCACCCUGGCCAUGUGGGUAUCUUUCAUGAGACAUUUAUCACGAAGGAUGGCGGAUAUGAGAGCAUGUAUGUAAAUUGCCAUCCAAUUCUACUUGGAAGAGGCGAGGUGAAGGUCAAUAGUCGGAAAGACGACACAGGGGAGUGGAUGGGGACACUGGUCAGUGCCGAUACACCUGGUUUGAAGUCUUUUAAAGCAAGGUUGGGUAAAGAUGAUUGA